AUGAAUGAAUUAUCAAGCGGAAUUGUUCAUCGUUCACGUCAAAGUGUAUGGCCAGCUGUAUCGGUGGAGGAAGCAAUGUUCAUGAUAGAAGAACAUGUUUCGUUGACGGAUAGAACACGUACCGUGGUCAUUGCCGAGAUCAAAACAGGAGAUAUUCUGGCGGAAGAUAUAAUUGCGACAAAAGCACAUCCUGAAGUACGUACGUCUGUUAAAGAUGGAUAUGCUGUUGUGGUAUCGGAUGGCAAAGGUAUUCGAAAGGUCGUGACCGGAACAACAGCCGGUGUUUUGGCUUCCGAUAUUCUCCAGCCGGGUACUAUCUGUCGAGUAAAUACAGGUUCCAUGGUACCAGAUGGUGCAGAUGCGGUAGUACAAAUUGAAAAUACUCGUAUUGUGGAGCAUAAUCACAUUGAAGAGAUUACAGUGGAGAUUUUGGAUGAACCGAAAAUUGGACAAAACAUCAGAGAAAUUGGUUGUGAUAUCAAAUUGGGUGAAAUUUUGCUUUCUAAAGGAUGUGUGAUAAGCGCAGCUGAAAUUGGCAUCUUAGCAGCAUCAGAAAGAAAAUUCGUGAGAAUAUAUCAAAAGCCUAAAGUGGCAGUUAUUUCAACAGGUUAUGAAGUAGUGGACAGUGCAUCGAAUGAUUGCCCAUUAGGAUCAGUACGGGAUACAAAUCGUCCACAACUUAUUGCUUUGCUAAAGGAAAAUAAUUUCAAGCAUGUGGAUAUUGGCAUCUUACCAGAUAAAAGGGAAAAAAUAGAAGAGGGACUGAAAACAGCACUGACAUUAUGUGAUGUUAUUGUUUGUUCUGGUGGCGUUUCUAUGGGUGAAAAGGAUUAUCUCAAGGAUGUGCUACAAAAAGGAUUAAAUUUCACGAUUAAAUUCGGUAGAGUAAUGAUGAAACCUGGCUUGCCAACUACUUUUGCAUACCGAAAAUGGAAUAACAGAGAGAAAUUUGUUUUUGCCCUACCCGGAAAUCCUGUAUCAACUUGGGUUACUGCACAAUUAUUCCUACUACCUGCACUAAAAAAGAUGGCAGGAUGGGAACACUAUCAGCAUACGGUUAUUAGUGUACGACUAAGUGAAACAAUAAAACUGGAUCGUCGGUCGGAAUAUCGACGAGCUUGCCUAAUACCUGAUCCAGAAAACAUACCACAUGCAAUUUGCCUGGAAAAAGAGCAAAUGAGCUCACGACUGUUAUCAAUUCGAGGUGCUAAUUUGUUGCUGAAAUUACCCUCCUGUACGGAUACUAAAUCAAUGGUGCAAAAGGAUGAAGUGGUGGAUGCGUUGGUGAUUGGCCGAUUAUAA